UUUAAAUGGCUGCUGAGCCACGAAGUGGGAUAUGCCGUCAUGGUGUUGGCGGUCCAUCAAACAGGGACAGGUCCUCCUCUCCUGGGUGGGAGGACCAACGUCUCGUCGGCUUCGGGGAACAUCAGAGCGUCUCGUAUAGGGACCUGUAUGAGGAUAAGGACAGUUAGAAGAGGAGUUACGUCCUGUGGAUCUGGCGGCAGAAGGUUAGGCCUGAGAGCAAGAUGGAGGCACUGCAAAAAAGCAGGCGUCUUCAGCCAUCGGAGUUCCAAAGCCAGGCGCGCACAGGAGCCUUCCUACGCCAAGCUGCUGGCUGUGUCCAUGGAACUGGAUGCUGAAGCUAUAAUGGGAAGGACUUGGAAGUGGUCAGCUCUCUUGUCCUCGACUCCAGAGGUCCCUGCACCACCCCAGCGCUCCCUGCAGAUGGCUGAACCGGAAAAGCAGACUUCGCAAAUGCAGCCAAUGCCCACUGCUGAGGUGCUUCUGCCUGAGGGCUGGAAGCAGAUGCUGCCCAGAGAGCAGCAUCAGUGGGUGAGCUGGGUGCUCUUCAACAGAGAGCAGUCUGGGAGGCCAGUGCUGACCAAGAAUCUACGUCUGUGGUGGUCGCCUCCCGGACCCUGGCUGGUUUACAUGCAACCUCCGUCUUUGUUCAACGCCUUCUUUCACAGCAGACUGUUCCUGUGGAUGCCGUACCGCAUGUCGGCAUUCAAGCUGCUUUACGCACAACCCGAGUGCCGUCGGCUGGUCCAUAAGCUGACGGCCUGUGGGCUGUACAAGACUUUCCGGAGGGUUUUGGAUUUCAGUGGCUGGUACUUCAUGGCCACUGUGAAUCUGUAGUGCCGCUGCUGUAAGAAGAAGGUGGCGGGCUAGUCGCAGGACAUAUUGGAUCAGCUGAACCCCGUCCAUUGGGCGAAGUUCCCAGUGGUUCUGACAUACGUGUGUGUGUGUGUGUGUGUGUGUGUGUGUGAGAGAGAUAUUUUGUGAUGGAUUAAUGUGUGACCUGUUGGUUCCUCUGUGUGAUUUUGUGUUGGCAUUCUUUAGCCUGUCCUGCGACAAGGGGGUCGUUUGCCUGAUGCGGGGUCGC